AGGCCUGGACGGCGCGGCCAGGUGAUGUGGGCUCCGGUGCUGCUCCCGACGACAGGGACCCCCCGAGCGGCCGUGUCCCCGGGCUGUCCCCCGUGAGGCCAGAUCUGGAUGUCACCGAGGGAAGUGAGGCAGCUCCGAGUCGGCCUGGCUCGGUGGUGACACGUCCUUUAGGAUGCAGUGAUUUAAGGGACUUGGGCUCUCCCUGCGGGACGGGCGCUGCCUGCUUUGGUGAACUGGGUGCAGAGAAACAAACAAACAAACAAACAAAAAACCCCCAAACGACAACAACAACAAAAAAGGACAGGAUGAUGCUGUCCGAACAAGCCCAAAAGUGGUUUCCAACCCACGUGCAGGUCACAGUGCUCCAAGCCAAAGAUCUGAAGCCGAAAGGCAAAAGUGGCACCAAUGACACAUACACCAUAAUUCAGCUGGGCAAGGAAAAGUACUCCACCUCUGUGGCCGAGAAAACCCUCGAUCCAGUCUGGAAGGAAGAGGCCUCCUUUGAGCUGCCUGGGUUGCUCAUGCAGGGGAACCCUGAGAAAUACAUUCUUUUCCUCAUAGUUAUGCACAGGUCCCUGGUGGGGCUGGAUAAGUUUUUAGGGCAGGUGGCAAUCAAUCUCAAUGACAUCUUUGAGGACAAACAAAGAAGGAAAACCGAGUGGUUUAGAUUAGAAUCCAAACAAGGAAAAAGAGUCAAAAGCAGAGGUGAGAUCAAGGUCAGUAUCCAAUUUAUGAGGAACAACAUGACCGCAAGCAUGUUUGACUUAUCCAUGAAGGACAAAGCGCGAUCUCCUUUUGCAAAGUUCAAAGAUAAGAUGAAAGGUAGAAAAAACGACGGGACCUUUUCGGAUACAUCUUCUGCAAUCAUUCCAAGUACUCACGUGCCCGAUGCCAAUACUGAAUUUUCAAGUGGUGAGAUGCAGAUGAAGUCCAAACCAAAAAAGCCUUUUCUUUUGGGUCCUCAGCGACUCUCGUCUGCGCAUUCAAUGUCUGACUUGACUGGGCCGCACAUAUCUUCUGAGAAACUGAAGUCUGGGGCCAUUGGUCAGACACAUCUUCUCAGUCGCCAGAUAGAUCCUUUUGGAGCCGUUCGUGAAAGUGGAAGUCUCAAGUCUCCACACAGAAGAACAUUAAGCUUUGAUACUUCCAAAAUGAACCAGCCUGACAGGAUUGUGGAUGAAGGUGAACCCUCUUUUGGAAGACAGAAUGACCCAUUUGCAAAUGUGACUGCUUCAUUACCCCAAAAAUUUGCAACACUGCCAAGGAAAAAAAAUCCAUUUGAAGAAAGCAGUGAAUCAUGGGACAGCAGCAUGAAUUUAUUUUCAAAGUCAAUUGAAGUAAGGAAAGAAAAUAAAAGAGAAAAAAGGGAAAAAGUGAGCCUAUUUGAAAGAGUGACUGGAAAGAAUAGCAGAAGAUCUGACAGACUUAACAAUGGGGGAUCUGAUAGUCCCAGUGACUUGAAAUCACCUAAUGCAUUUAGUGAAAGCCGUCAGGACUAUUUUGAUUAUGAGUCAACCAAUCCGUUUACAACUAAAUUCAGGGCUCCCACUAUAAUGCCAUCUUCAAGCUUUCAUAUGAAUCCGACAUGCCAUGAAGACCUCAGGAAAAUCCCGGACAGCAAUCCUUUUGAUGCCACGGCCGGGUACCGGAGUCUGACCUAUGAAGAGGUGCUGCAGGAGCUGGCAAAGCACAAAGAACUCCUCCGCAGGAAAGACACCCAUAUCCGGGAGCUCGAGGACUACAUUGACAACCUCCUGGUCAGGGUGAUGGAGGAGACACCCAGCAUCCUCCGAGUGCCCUAUGAGCCAUCCAGGAAAGCUGGCAAGUUCUCCAACACUCAGUAGAGCCAAGGGCACUGGGCUUGUAAUUGGGGAGAAAAAGUGUGAGAGAAAGAGGGAAGGAAGGGAAAUGUGUUGCUGGAAGAGACUGUACUACCAGGCUUUAUUUUAUACCUUCCUUCUUCAUUAUGAAACAUUGUCUUACCUGUAAAUACUAACAGGGACUAUCAAGAGUGACCUUUGAAGUGAACAAGACUCUAAACUGUCACAGUGAAACCGGCCAUAGUCUUAGUCUCAGCGAGUGACCAGUUCCGGGUUCACUUGGGUGCUGGUGCUAGACCUCCACUCUGCCAUGGGCCCAGAAAUCUCUUCAGAAGUCCACGAGUAAUUCCUCAGGAAUAGGUUUUUCCAUGAAGCAGAACGACACUGUGGCUGGAUUCCCAGAAGUCAUCUGUGCUUUUAGCUUCAGGAAUGCCAGUCACUGCAAACACUACUAAUGACAGUUUCUAUCUGCAUCCCUAUGUGCGUACAUGAAUGACACCGUCUAUAUGUAAAGUACAUGCAUAUACCUCAUAUACACAUGUGUGCUUAGAACAUUUAAGUCAGCUGGUUAGGAUACCAGUCUUUUAGUCUAAAACGGCCUUUGCAGUAUUGAUACAGGCUGGUCAUCACUACAAGCUGUCCAACGCUAUAGAGAACUGCUUUAAAUCACUCUGUACUUUGUGAACCCAGAUAUCAAGUGAGCUGAAGCAUCUAUCUAACUCUAUCAUCAAACUUUAGCUUCCCCCCAGCCCCCAAAAAGUGAUGAUCUGAGGUCUUUUUUUAAAAAAGAAUUAAAAUUUUAGGGAACCAGUCCACUGCAGCAUGAAUUUCUUUCAGUUAAUGUUGACCUAACAUUGGGGUUUUAUUUCAGCAGAAAAUAAGCUGAUGCAAUUUGUUUUGUUGACGUGCAGCCUUCACAUCAUUAGCAAAGAAAAUACUACAGACUUCUAUCAUCAGGUGGGGUAGAGCUGGUGAUGUCUGGUGUCUGAUAACCCAGAGCAGCAGACACAUUCCAGGGAUGAAGUAGGCUGGGCUUCAAGUCCCCUAAACAAUAGACCAGAUGGCUUUCUUCUUUGGGUCUCCAACCACAAUAAGACAUGAAUGUGAGAGCCCAUCCUUAUGAGUGUGACAUCACACACUAUUCCACACCCACCCGGAAGAGUUGAUUUCUACACCAGGACGGGGCUUUUUGCAAGUCUACAUUCCCAGAUUAGUGUUAGGAAAUGUACACUGAAAGACAAUGUAAAGAGACAAUGACAUAACAGCAUCACUAAUCAUCAGCCUUUACAAUCUAAGGUCCUACAGAGCGGAUCUCUGUCAGGCCAUCUGCAUGUCUAGCCCUCAACUCCCCAGUCCUCUAAUGAAUGCAUUUUUCUAAUAUUUAUCUCUGGUCAGAUUUAUUGAAAGUUAAACAAAAAAAGCAGAGAUAGUAGUUCUACUUGUUUUCAUGUUUUGAAUCAAAGUCCUUGGUCAAGGGUACACUCAUAAACUAAAACUCCUUGUUGCCUAUGUUACCUGAGUUUCGUUAGUUUCCCUAUAAAAACAAGCAUUUUGAAAUUGCAAAAACUUAAGUACUUUUCUACAAUUUAAAAAUGGAAGGAAAAAAUAAGUUUCAUCAAUUUUUAUCUCUGCUUAUAAUGAAAGUUAUUCUGCAGUAAGCUUUAGAAUCUAGUGUAGGAUUUUCUUUUCCUCUUUGAGGUCUUAGUAGUUAUUUUUAAUGGUACUAUUUUAAAUAUACAUUUACUAAACUUUACAAAAUUACUAACACUUUUCUCAUGGCAUUGAGAAUCUUCUUAAACCUUUUAAAGCACCAAAAUCCAUGUGUUUUCAUAUUAUGACAGGUAUGUGCAGAUAUUGUAAUACACGUUGACCAAAUUUGGUCUUUCUAGAAUGAACCUGAGAUGUCAGUUUUAUACUGGGAAUACAUUUUUCCAUAAGGCUCAUUGGAAAGUAUGGUUCUGACACUGCUGCUCUUGUUUAUAGUCAGUUUGUUUUUAAGAAACAGUUCUUUGCCUCUGUAAGAAUUACGUAGACUUAUCCCUUCGUGGGUUUUUGACGGUAACCAAGUCAGUAUUUUUAUCUUCAGAGUCUGAAGCAAAGCUCUGUGUAGCUGGAGUCCUGUGGCUGGGGAGGGUUUUCAAAGUAUGGCUUGUAGUCAGCUGAGAACAAAAUCUGAAACAUGUAUUGUGCUUACUUAUAUCACACUUCUCACUCCAUGAAACCCAGAGUAAACUUACUACAUACUUUUCAUAAUCAGUCAGCCUAACAAAAACCAAGAAGGAAAGCAGGCUCCUGAGUGACCAUAGUGUUUCCGGGCAUUGGUGGACGUGCACACUGCACAGUCUUAGUUGUGGACAUCAUAGGGAAAAGACCAGAAAGAUAACUUAGUUUAUGUAACUAAAAGUUCUAAUGUUUUGUUUUUUCUAGUAGUUUAAAAUUGGAAAUAAAUGUCUGUGAGUUCAUUAAAUAGUGCACAAUACACUAGAUUUAUAAGCUGGUUUUACUGCUGCUUGUUUGCCUAAGAAUACAUGCUCAAAACUUUUCUACAAGAGGAUUUCUAAAAAAUGCAGAAUUGAUAUUUAUCUGAAGCCCAUUAUAGGCUAACACACUUGUGCUACAUAAUGAAACUAUUUCUCUUUGUUUAAAAGCAGUGUUAUUUUACCGCCAGUCUCCUCCCAGCUGUCAAAUGUGGCUUUGGCAGUAUUGCCCACCCCACCCUGCCACUGGGGCUCCAGAAUUCAUUCAUUGAGCACCACGGUCAUUACUGAGAAUUGUACAUACAGUACUGUGUAGCCCAUUCAUAAAAAGUGCCGUAAGUGCUGCCUCUUGCUGCUGUCUCCUGCACUGAGCGUGGCUUUGCCCUCCUCCCGUGAACAUAGUAUUCUCCAUAGAUUACACAUAACCACAUCUCUUGCUUUUGGCAGUAAAUCAAGAUUUAGUUGUAAUUUUCCAGCUGUGAAAAUGUUGCCUCGUAUUUGAAAGGGUUUCGUGAACAGAAACCCAAGUCAAACUAAGUCAUUAGUGACAGACCUAUCUUCUUCUUGUCCUUCCUUCACCAUCACCACCACCCCACCUCACCAACUCCUGCCUCCUCCCACACCAGGGCCUCUAUGAACAAUACAGAAAUCAAGAGUAAGAACACCUGCCUCCACACUCACAGUUGCACUAACUAACGUUUUUCGUUUCCUCUGUCACAAUCAUUUUUUAAUGUAUAAAUGCACUACCUAAGAUCUAUACAGCAAGCUGCAACUUUGACGUCCACGUACGCAUCUGUCCUGUAGGUGCGGCAGGUGUCGCGUGUGUGCCAGUGAAGUGGAGAGCAUGCGCACCCAUUCAGUCUCUCUGCAGUAGAGGAGAAGAAUCACACUGCCGGCUUGUGGUAGUAGAUGAGAGGGUCUGUCAGCACGCAUGGAAAGCCCCCAUUUUCCUAGAUUUAUAAAUUUACUAAUCCAAAUGCCAUCGUUGGAAGUAUUUAAUAUGCAAUAGGUAGCGCCUUAACUAAUUAAUCUUCAUAUGACGGUUUCUGAUCUAUUUAAUAAGAAUGCAGAAGCUCUUCAAGCACUGAACUAGAGCUGACGUUUUACUUCAUUUAUUUCCUGUCCAAAAAAAAAAAAAAAAAUGCUUUUAUA